UCAUGCUGCGCAUAUGUUACUCUGCGCCAUUGCAACGUGACGACGUCGUGUAAAAGAGAGUAGGUGAAGGAUUUUUCCUACCACAAAAAAGGUGAAUUUUGUGACUUCGGUUCAUUCCUUCAGCUGAUCCCGGGCGGAAACUGAUCAUCAAUACUCAGUCUCCACCAGAGUCGUCAAACAUCAAAGGUUGUCUGUUCAGGUUGACAGUACAACUUAAAACUAUUCAAGCCAAUUUUACCCAACCAUGUGGAAGUUCUGCAACAGCAGCCAUAAUGGAUUCGCCGGGUAACUUCUGUAUGUAUGACUCUGAAUAUUAUACCGAGAAAGAGCUCAACAAGCCAGACGAAGUGUUCCUUUUCGGUAACGAAGAUUCGAUGAAUUUUGGGGGACUCGCCGAUUACACCGGCCUCUUCCAGAACGAAAACUCGAUUGACUUGAACGCCUACAUUAACCCCUCGACUUCUCCCACGGACGGCUUCAUCCAGCUGUCGGACUUGCUGCCAUCCUCUCCGCCAAAGUCCACUAUUCCAACCGAGCUGCCUCCCUUGAUCCGGCCAGAAGAGGCGGAGACAUCCCAGUCCACAUCCAGGCACACCCUACAGCACACUUCAUCCCCAUCCGUCACAGUUGCUAACCUCCCUGACUCGAUGCCCUCAUCACAUCCACAGUUCAUGUCCCAUCACCAAGACUGUCAGGAGGGAGCUGCUGCCUUGCAGGUGAAAGUCGAGCCAUCUGAGCAAGUCGAACCAGCUGAGUACUACCAAGAGGAGGAGUACGACUACGACGACGACGACGCUAGCACCUACACAAGCGGCCCCUCAAGACCAUCCAGCCCCAUCUCGCAGACCCCAUCUCAGCGUGGCCGGAAGUUGACCAGCAAGUCAAGUUCCAGCAGGAGAGUGCGUCCCAUCCCUGACAAAGAUUCUGAAGAAUACAGGCAGAAGCGGGUCAAGAACAAUAUCGCUGUACGCCGAAGCCGAGAGAAGAGCAAAGCCAAGUCGUAUGAGCUUCAGGGCAAAGUCAAAGAACUAACAACAGAGAACGAUCGAUUGAACAAGAGGGUGGAGCUGCUGACGAAAGAACUGACCGUCCUGAAGAGCCUGUUCACGAAUGUGGGAAAGUCUGCUCCCCCCAGCCUGGCCAACAUGUGAAUAUGAGCCUGAGGCCGGUACCGGUAGAGGUCCCAGACCAGGGAGUGGAUUCCGCCCCUCCCCACGGUUGAGUGAUGCGUCGUUUUGUCAUAUGCAGGCCGCAAUUUCAUGUUGGUUAUGUGUUGGUGGGAGUUACUUUGGUUUUUGCAUGAGAUGCUGUGGACAAACACUUGUUAGUGAUACUGCAAGAUUUAGUUCUUUUUUAAGUGUACAAAGCUGUAUCAAUGUAUCUGUUGUGAAAUGUUCCUGCAUUAACUUGACUUGUAGACCAACAGAGACUUUGAGGACCAAUGUUCUAAAAGCUACAUGCAUUGAAUGUCAAACACCAAAAAAACCAAUUUCCCCGGAACUUCAUUCUUGCAUGGUAGAAAUACCCAAGUUCAGGGUAACCAAACCCAGCAUAACGGUUUCUGACAUGUCUGAGAGAUACAUAUGUAGCUUUGUAUUUGUUGACAAUUUUGGGUUUAGUGGAAAUUUAUUGAGAAGGUUGAUCUCAUUUGAACUCUGUAGAAGUAGUUUCUACUUUUUGUCAAGGUUCCUUAUGAAGUACUUCAAGUACUUCAAAGAUUGUGGCGUUACGAUAUGAAGGAGAUUUUAGGACAAUUUUUAGGUUAUUAAAUAUGUAAAGUUUACCGCAAAUUUAUGAACUGCUUUCUCUUAUUAAGUGUAUUAAAAAAGGUACACAAUGUUUGGCUGAUCUAUUUUCUUAAAAAAUUGUAAAUCAACAUUUGGCUUGGUUUAGAUUGCAUAAUAACUGGUUUCAUUCGACCAUGACAUAAAAAUAUUUAUACAUGUAUGUACAUGUACAAGAAAAAUCAAUUGAUCUUAUUCAAUAGAUUUUUUAAAAUGUCUUAACUUUUAAUGAAAUUUUUCCUCGGUGAAAGGACUUCAUUUUUGGUUCAUAAUUCAUACAUGUUUGAUCUGGAAUUUGUAAUAUAACUUGUGUGUAAUGCAAACACUAAUUUGCUUUCAAAUAAAUCCAGCUGUACUAGGCUAAGGUGUACUUUGCAUUACAUGUAAAUGAGCAGUAUCUCCAUUCCAAAACAGCGAAAUAAUGUAUAAUUCAUUACAAGUUUGAUCAGAAAAUUGUGAUUUUAAAGUAAGUUCCUUUAAACUUAGAUGAAUGAAAAAAUAACUAUUCUUAUUGCAGCCACUAUUUGCAUUUCAAAAUCCAGCUGUGCUCUGCUCAGUAUCUGCAUUACAAAAAAAGUAAAAAUGUGAAGAAAAAAAUGAAAUGCUUUAUUAAGCACACUAGAAUUUUGUUAAAAAUGCUUUGAUUUACAUCAUAGGUACUGAUUCACAUGUACAUGUACUUUUAUCCUGAAUAAUGAUGCAAACAGUUUAGUGGAGAAUGUAACAAAUAUAAGCCUACCAAUAUUUGCUGGCUGAAAGUUUGUUUUGUGUGUUUUCAACUUAUCCUUCAGUCAUUCUUAUGGAGAAAAAUUAACCGAUUUUAACUGGUUUCGGUCAAAAAGAAGUGUCCUCCCGAACAUUCAGGUCCAUGUACAUGUUGCAGGCUUUGUAUUAAAUUCACACUUUCCCAGCUGUCGGUGUACAUGCAUUCAGAAACAUGUGCAUUGACCACUUCAGAUUGAACCAGUUACAACCGGUUUUUACAAAGAUGCAUAGAUCUAUAACGGUGGUACAGUUCACUCAACUGACAUUGGAUGGAAUUCAGUUAACAACUUAAGACUUUUUUCAGUCGCUUUUUUGGGGGGGGGGGGGAAGGUGUUGAAAACUGGUGAAAGAAUACAUCUUUGUUGUAUGCUAAUACAGUGAACACUGAAUGUACUCCAACAUGUUAUGAUACAAAAACCUACUGCACCUGCAUGUUAACACUUAUAUUGCGUCUUAUAAUUGCUAAUGAUUUUUUUUUCUGAACCAAAAUAGUGUACUUGAAAUAAAAUUUGCAAAUCUGUAAAACAA